CAUCAUUCUCUGGAAAUCUUUCACCAGUUCAUCGUCUUAAAGUAUGAUUGGCAACUCUACAACAGUGCACCUUGCCACAAGCAGAUAUUCUCGUCACGAUAUGUUCAUGGUGGUUUGAGACGCUGCUCAGUUAGCUCAACAAGCUACACAACUGGAACAAGCUUCAACUGGAAGCCUCCGAGGAAACAACGCCACCGAGACAGCGCCACUGCGACUCCGGGAAAGUCGGUGCUUUCUCCGGCUACGCGAGAACACAAUCAUCCGCCGUUUAGAACCGCGGAGAGAGUAGCCCACUCCCCCACAUCAGAACUGACAGAAGCCUGAAAUGUCCAGAUCGCCUGAACCGCCACAACAGCAGCCCAUGCCAGCAAAGAAGGAGAUCAAGGCAGAAGAAUGUUAUGAGUUCCUUCAGAAAGUCGAAGUGGAAGAGACGGCUGGUCUAGAACAUGGCGGGAAGACUGAGAUACUCACAUUCCAAACCUUCAUUGUCAAAGAAGAGAAGUUAUCACCUGUGCGAGUGAAAGAAGAAGAAGAAGAAUCCAAUUUAUGGGAAUAUGGACACUGCAACUCUUCCCCUAGUGGUCAUGAAGUGGAGGAAAGGCCUGAGCUGGAGCAUGAGUGGACAACGGAGAUGGCAACAUCAGCACAGCUGACCUGCGAGGAGGAAACGUAUUGUGCAGCAGAAAUCAAAGAAGAAAUUAAAGAGGAAGACUGUCAUGAGGACAUGUCUAUUACAAUUCAGGAAGAAAAGCCUGGAAUAGAACUCGACUGGAACACCACAACCGCACCGGACACGUCACCACAGCUGUCCUGCGGAGAGGAGAAUGAAGAAGACACGUCACCACAGCUGUCCUGCGGAGAGGAGAAUGAAGAAGACACGUCACCACUGCUGUCCUGCAGAGAGGAAGCUGAAGAAGACACAUAUGCCCCAGUAGAAGGUCCAGACUUGUCUCCUGGAAACACCCGCAGGGAUAUUGACAUUGACUGUGAUCCAGCGCCCGAACCAAAAGCAUGGUCCAUUCUUGAUAGUUUCAUGGCAUUUGGUUCGGACGACCUGUUCUGCAGCACACCAGAUGCCACCCUUGAUGCCCUCGUGCCAUUUCCCCGCAUCGCUCGAGCCACAGCCCCUCUGUCCUCAUCAGCGCCCCCUGGUGGCCUUGCACCCACAGCCCCAGAAAUGAGAGAUCCAUGCGGCCAGAAAUGCCGAAGACAGUGCACCGGCAAGUUCAGCGAGGGUAGACGCAGGGAGAUUUGGAGCAGCUACUGGCUCAUGGACAACGCGGAAAAGCGCUUGUUCGUGUUCCACAGCGUGAGCCAGCUGCCGACGGCGAGGUGUUCCGUGGCUGGGAGUCGGCGCGGCAGGUCGUUUGUUUACAGGCUGGAGAACGAAGACCAAGUCCCGCAGCAGGUCUGCAAGACGUUCUAUUUGGCCACGCUGGGGUACCACCCCACGAACGACAGCCUGGUCCUCUCAGUGAUGGGGAGGGAGAUGGGAAAUAAGAUGAACCUGCAAGACCGACGAGGAAGACACCCCCCGGCCAACAAGCUGGAUCUGCAGCCUGUGUUUGACCAUAUCGAGUCCUUCCACCCGUCGGUGGGCCACGACGGAAGGGAACAGUCCCCGCGUCAUCGUCGGUACCUCCCCAGAGACGUCACCAUCAAGCUGAUGUACGCUGAUUAUGUGGAAAAGGGUAACCGCUGCUCCUACGAAACCUACCGCAAAGCUGUGAAGCAGAAGAACAUCGGCUUUUGCAAAGCUCGGAAAAGGGGGGACGCGAGGAGUGGCCACUGGCCGUAAUGGGGAUGCCAGUGCUGGGCCGCUGGCUGACAAACACUGCCACCUGCUGGCCAGAGUGUUGAGAUGGGCGAUGGCAGACGGGAUAAAUCUUUUACCAACGCGUGUUGUUCUUUGUGUCCCGAGUCAUCCAUGCCUUUUUGUACAGCACCCUCACUGUUUGUGUUUCGGCCUGAAUGUAAUAUGUAAUAAUAUCCAUGAACUUUUUAAUCGUCCUCGUGUCGCAACGCCAAAGGUGUUUAUAAAUGAAAUGCACUGAUAUACCUCUGUUAUUGUUACUGUUAUUAUAACUUUGCAUUCCAGUUCAAUUAAAUUAUUAUGCUGA